GGACUUCCGGCCAUCUGCAGCUCAUUUCCGGCGGGAACGGGAAGGCCGUUCUCGGUGGCCUGCCUGUGAGUGGUCCCCACGCCCCUCAUGCUGCAGCCUUCGGCUCCCUGCGCGCGCGCGGACCGGCGGGCCUGAACGCCUGGACAGCGAGCGGCAUGUCGUCGGGCCUCCGCGCCGCGGACUUCCCCCGGUGGAAGCGCCACAUCGCAGAGGAGCUGAGGCGCCGGGACCGGCUGCAGAGGCAGGCGUUCGAGGAGAUCAUCCUGCAGUAUAACAAGUUGCUGGAAAAGUCAGAUCUUCAUUCAGUAUUGGCCCAGAAACUACAAGCUGAAAAGCAUGACAUACCAAACCGACACGAAAUCAGUCCUGGACACGAUGGUGCUUGGAAUGACAGUCAGCUACAAGAAAUGGCCCAGCUGAGGAUCAGACACCAGGAAGAGCUGACUGAAUUACACAAGAAACGUGGAGAGUUAGCUCAGUUGGUGAUUGACCUGAAUAACCAAAUGCAGCAGAAGGACAGGGAGAUGCAGAUGAAUGAAGCAAAAAUUGCAGAGUGUUUACAGACCAUCUCUGACCUGGAGUCAGAGUGCCUGGAUCUGCGUACCAAACUGCAGGACCUUGAAAUAGCCAACCAGACCCUGAAGGAUGAAUAUGAUGCCCUGCAGAUCACGUUCACUGCUCUAGAGGAGAAACUGAGGAAAACUACCGAGGAAAACCAGGAGUUGGUCACCAGGUGGAUGGCGGAGAAGGCCCAGGAAGCCAAUCGGCUCAAUGCAGAGAACGAGAAGGACUCCAGGAGGCGUCAAGCACGGCUGCAGAAAGAGCUUGCAGAGGCAGCGAAGGAGCCUCUGCCUGUUGAACAGGAUGAUGACAUUGAAGUUAUCGUGGAUGAGACCUCAGAUCACACAGAGGAGACCUCCCCUGUGCGAGCCAUGAGCAGAGCAGCUACUAAGCGACUCUCGCAGCCUGCUGGAGGCCUUCUGGAUUCUAUCACUAAUAUCUUUGGUCUGUCCGAAUCUCCCCUUUUGGGACACCGUUCUUCUGAUGCUGCCAGGAGACGCUCUGUCUCUUCCUUCCCAGUCUCCCACGACAGUGUGGACACUCAUCCUACUUCUGGUAAAGAUGUGAGAGUCCCAACUUCUGCCUUGUAUGUCUUUGACGCGCAUGAUGGAGAAGUCAAUGCCGUGCAGUUCAGUCCAGGCUCCAGGUUACUGGCCACUGGAGGCAUGGACCGGAGGGUUAAGCUUUGGGAAGUAUUUGGAGAUAAAUGUGAAUUCAAGGGCUCCCUGUCUGGAAGUAAUGCUGGGAUUACAAGCAUUGAAUUUGAUAGUGCCGGAGCUUACCUCUUAGCAGCUUCAAAUGAUUUUGCAAGCAGAAUCUGGACUGUGGAUGAUUACCGAUUACGGCACACACUCACAGGCCACAGUGGGAAAGUGCUCUCUGCCAAAUUCUUGUUGGACAAUGCACGGAUAGUCUCAGGAAGUCACGACCGGACCCUCAAACUCUGGGAUCUGCGCAGCAAAGUCUGCAUAAAGACAGUGUUUGCAGGAUCCAGCUGCAACGAUAUUGUCUGCACUGAGCAGUGUGUAAUGAGUGGACAUUUUGACAAGAAGAUUCGUUUCUGGGAUAUCCGAUCAGAGAGUGUGGUCCGAGAGAUGGAGCUGUUGGGGAAGAUCACUGCUCUUGACUUAAACCCGGAGAGGACUGAGCUCCUGACCUGCUCUCGUGAUGACCUUCUGAAAGUCAUUGAUCUCCGAACAAACGCCGUCAAGCAGACAUUCAGUGCACCUGGAUUCAAAUGUGGCUCCGACUGGACCCGAGUUGUCUUCAGCCCCGAUGGCAGUUAUGUGGCGGCAGGCUCAGCUGAGGGCUCUCUUUAUGUCUGGAACGUGCUCACAGGGAAGGUCGAGAAGGUUCUUUUGAAACAGCACAGCUCUUCAAUCAAUGCUGUGGCAUGGUCCCCCUCCGGUUUGCAUGUCGUCAGUGUGGACAAAGGAAGCAAAGCUGUGCUGUGGGCACAACCUUGAUGAGCCCCUCAGGAGCAGCACAGGACCCCCACAGCCCUGUCUUGGAGGGUGAUGUGUCCUCUCAGAGAAGAGCUGGAGCUGUGUGCUGUGGCCUUUGAGAACUUUUUUGACUUGAGGUCUCUGAUGGCCUGGAGAACCAACACUGAAUCGUCCUGACUCUGCAAGACCCCUAACAGCUUCAGGGUCUUGCUCCGUUCAGGUGGGAAACACUACUAGCUCUGAUCUUCUAUACCUCAUCCGGGCGCACAGGGUCCCUGCUGGGUCUCCCUAGUGGACACAGUGCCAAGGACAACCCCACACAUCAGGCAUUGGUUCCCCUGUGCUUCUCCUGUCCUUCCAAAGUCUUUUGUUGCAUGUCCUCUUGUAGGGUCACUCACCCAGGGGACUCACUGUAAACAUUGGGUCAGUGAAGACCAAAGGCAGCCUGUCCUGACAUGAAGGACAGGAAGGGCUUUUGCAGGGCUGCAUGUGUGAUCUUGUCUCACUGCUAAAAUUUCUGUGUCUUCAGCCAGUCUUCAGAACUGCUGGCUCCCUUCCUUCACAUAGCUUUUUUUUUUUUUCUCUUUAAGAGGAAAGGACAUAUGCCAACCUUUCCCUGUCAGGUAGAUUUGCAGUAAGGGUGAGAAACACAUCUUUAUCCCGCAUCGCUGCACAUGUCCAGCAGAGCUGCACAGUGCUGGUGACAGGAUUUGCAUUUCUCUGGAGCUGGCGGUGGUGACUCCAGCCGCUGGGCCUGUGCUAGACCUGCAUGCAGUGACCUUGAUGUUGAGUGCAAGAAGCCCAGUCCAGGAACCGAAUUAUGACAAAACCUGGGAAACACAUUCUUGCCACUGCUUCACCUGUGCACGUGGUGUGAGCUGUGUCUGGUUGCCAGAAACCACGUUUAUCACGUUUUAAUUUGCACUUUAUUUUUACCUCCUCGUUUGUUCUCUGGACAGUUGGGAUGUGAGUGCCGGAGCUGGGGAGUGGGAGGAGGAGCCUGUCCUCUGCCCUUUCCCGCCUGCAGCUCACUUUCUGGUUUGCUGUCAGAGAGCUUAUGUCGAAGGAAGUUGAAAUUCACAGGCCAGGGCACAUCUUUUAUUUAUUUAAUUAUGUAGCCCAAUGGAACUUGAUUGUAAAUAAAAGAUAAUCUGUUACAUGCUUUUCAAAUUCCUUGCAUCUUGGUUUUUUCUUUCUUUUUUUCUUUUUGUCCUUAUGUAAGGGGGGAAGGAACUAUGGGAGUUUUUUGGAACUUAAUAUAUACUCUUUUUUUUUCAGAGAAGGUCUUGGCUAUGUAUGUAGCCUGGGCCAGCCUUGAACUCUAUGAUCAUCCUGCCUCAGCCCCGCAAGUGAUGGAAUGACAGAGGUGCUGUCAUUCUGGCAAAGUGCCUAGUGGAUAUUUGGUGUUUCUGGAUCAUGUAACGUGCCCCCUGGUGUUUUUGUUUAUUGUUCAUUUUCACCCCAUCCCGUAAAUUAUUGCUCCUGGAAAUACCAGUGCUCUAGGCCUAUGUCCUGUGCAAGUUUGAACACUAUGGCAGUUCUUACAGAUCUUUCUCAGCUGUAAUGGAAGAGCCCAACCCCCCAGUCUCCUAUAGGAACCUUGAACACAGGAUUCUGUGAGCUGGUAUUUGCUUCUGCUGAAGGCCAGAGCUACAGCACUGAAACUGCAUGGUUCUGAUCACCACUCGGUAGGGGACCAGGCCAGGCAUCAGCUGGCCUUGCAAGGAAGUGAAUGAGCCCUGCAUGCACCUUCUGGAAGGACUUGUCCAUGCAUUCCAUGGGUCUCCCCACCCUUGCAAUGGUCGGGCCCUGAUGUCUGCUUAUACAGAUGGAGAAGGGGAAGGAGGCUGAGAGGCUUUCUCAAGGUUUACAAGGAUUCGUCAGUGGACCAUGGAACUGGGGCCCUGUCUGGGGCCCCUGAACACCUACGUGUUCACCUGGAGCAUUUGGUGAUAUUGGAUCCCAGAGUGGUGAGAGGGUUUUAGGACUCCUUAGGAAUAAAUAUCCUUGUGCUAAUCACAGGGAUCUGCAAGUGUGAGAAAGAUGAAUGUGGAGCAGUGGAGGGUAGAGAAUGGGACACCAACCCCAUCCUAACAGUACUCCCAGGACCAAGUGGCACACACCUGUAAUCUCAGCAUUGGGAGGCUGAGGUAGGAGAAUCCAGAGUUCAAUGCUAGCCUGAGCCACGUAGAUCAAUAAUGGGUAUGCAACAAGGUGGUUUCCCAACCUUGGAUGCAUUCAGUAAACUGGGACUAUUACACAGGAAAUCCAUUAAGGACUGGAAUGUGGACAGAGUGGGGGUUGGGUUGGGUUUUGUAAAGUCUGAGCAACCUUGGGAGCUCAUGGACUGCAGUUACAGUUUUGGGUAUCAUAGCCAGCACAACCCCAAGCAGCCCUCUGUUCUAUCGAGCUUGACAAAGCGAUACGUGGAGUUACAGCGGGGCCUGUAAAAGUUCCAGUUCCCUG